ACCCUCGUCGUCAGCCGAUGAUGUAUUAGCGUUGUCUAUAUUCUUCAGAGCUGUCCUUCCUUCUUCCUUCUUAUCUUUCUUAUCACGUUUAUUGCUAUUGACAUCCCCAGCCAGCCUAUUCAAGGACACCUGGCGUCUUUGGGCUUUGGCUGUGUUUCGCGCUGUCCGUCCUUGACCUAUGAGGCAAGCGCAUGUGCAUGGAAUGGCCCUUGACAGCGGCGGAAUCUCUUCUCUUGGAAAGGCCCACGUGGCAGCUGAAGUCAGCGAAGCAGGGGAUCGGGCAUGAGGCUGUACGGGCUGCAGGGCGGUUGUCUUGCGAAUAUGCAUGUGGUCAUGCUUCAGAUGCAGCAAGCGAACUGUCCAUUCUCAGUGAUAAGACUCGCGGUGGCAUCUGCAUGCAAUGUGACCGACAACGUCACCUGUUUCGUCCUCUUACUUCGCCCCCUUUUCCAUUUGCCUUCGGUCGUCUACUCUUCUACUUUUUAUUUUCUUCUCGGUUCAAUCAUGGUUUGAUGUGUUUCAUGGGGGUUGCAUACAAGGGGCUGCAUUCCUGGAUUGGUGUUGAUGCUUGAUGUUUUGCAUUUACGUUCGGUGGUUGUCUGUGUCUAUCUCUUCCUUGCGGUCCUUUCCCUUCUGCUGGGACUAUCACUAGGUCCCCUGAGGG